AACCAUGCAUUCUUUGGGGGGGUCAUUUCCCCCCCAAUGUUGAGGAAAUACCAAUCUGUCCACCCUUAACACCCCCCACCGUUUAUACAGUAGAAAAUAUUUUCUAUAUGUCCCCCUUUAAUGAACGCUGCCAACGGAUCUGUCUUUUCUUCAUCUACUCUAUUUAUUUAUGUCUAUUCCUUUUUAAUAUAUUUCCGUUUGUUAAGGUAAAUAGGUGUGUGCCCCCCCUCCAAUUGUACACUUGGUUGCGUCCAUACUCAACGCAAGUUCGUUGAUGUAUUUUAGCAGUUCAGUCUGUAAGAAAUGGAGACAGCAGCCAAGCGUAGAAAAGUACAGCAGAAGUUAUGAGCUUUUUUCAGACAGUAAGUAACUAGAUACCUAAAUAGUAGGUAACCUUAGUUUAGUAUAGAAGGCAUCAUACUAUGGCUUGGUUUGUUCUUAAGAACGUCAUUUAACGUUUGAUAUUUGCACACCCGCGAAGUAAGCUAGGCUAACGUCAGUUCCAGUUUUUGACCAUGAACGUUACAUUCACUUGCAUAUCCUCCCUCCGAGUUCGUUGUGAACACUCACGUUGUGACAGACUGUCAUAAAUGCGAGUGAAAGUGAGGAAAGUUGCACAGCAUUUCGUUCCUUUACACUACAUUUGGGCUAAGGACAACUAAGUUUGUUUUUUUGUUUGUUUGUUUGUUUGUUUGUUUUUUGUUUUUUGUUUUUUACAAAUAUAAGGCUCAGCAUAAUGCUGAGAUGUGCUAGCUUGGCAACGAGAGAUAUGGAACUAACGUCUGAGUUGUGGCCAUAUUGUAGUUAUCCAUUCAGAACUAGUUAUGGCAGUUUGUCUUUAGAAUUAAGAAAAUAAAACUCCAGUACCCUUUACAUAGCUAACGUUUCAGGUUACCACUAUUUAUUGUUGUACAUUUUGUACACUUAUUACAUAGCAAGCUAAACAGCAUGAUGACAUUAACAUUAUAAAUGACACCAGUUACACCAACAGAAUAUUCAGUUUAUCAAAUUAAAAUGAUCAUCUAUGUCAGUCAUUGCUCUUCUAGGAAAAUAAUGGUACCUGGUCAGAAUGCAGGCAGCACAGCAUUGCUUGGAAGCAUCCGUGGGGGAAAUUGUAUUUACAACAUAUAUAGUGUUGAAUUUCGUUUCAUAGGUUUCAUGGUAGGUUAUGGAGCAGAGAAUACAUCUGCCCACAGGACGUCCACAGCACCCUACAAUUUCCCCAUUCUGUGGGAGCUUCUAUCACUCAGAAAUCACUUGAAUUCAAACGGUAACUGUAAUCCUAAAACUAUGUUCUAAAUAUGCAAAUUUUCAGUAUCAAACUUUGGAUCAACACCCCAUGUCCAUACCAUGGUUAUGCCCUUGAAGGAAUGACUUACAGUCAUAUAACCAACUGUAAAAUGUUCGACUAGGUGUCAGAUUGUGGAUGGGAGCCAAAGGAAUUCAAAAUUAUUUACAUAGGCAGCACUUCCAGUCAACCUUUGGAGCCCUCAACUUCCCUGUCAGAAGAAUAAUCCUGGUCCUUCUUUUCCUCUGUACCAUUCUGCUUAUUGUGCCCUGAACUUUCAUCCCCAUCUUCAUCUGCAGUGUUCCUGUCUCCUGCCUCAUCUUCCCUGUCACAAGAAUAAUCCUUGUCCCUCCUUUCUUCUGUACCAUUCUGCUUAUCGUGCUCUGAAUAUGCGUUAUCAUUAUUAGCAUUAUCAUCUUUAUCUUUAUCACCAGUGCUGUUCCUAUCAUCUUCCCUGUCACAAGGACAGUCUUCAUCUCUUCUUUCCUUUGUUUCAUUGAGGUUAUUGUACCCUUCAGUGACCUCAUCAAUUUGAGAUAGUUGAGAUCAUUUGGAGUUAUUCCUGUGUCUUUUGCUCAGUGGAAGCAUCAUCAUGUCUGCCUCUAUAUGGGAACUUGUGCUGUCAGCUGGUGGCACAGCCUAACUGCAUAACACAGGAUAUGAUGAGUUCUUAUCUUAGCCAGCAGCAAAGUGUUGAGGGUUUGAAGCACUGCUGUAGGCUGUACUGUGUGCUGAAAGCCGGUCUGCUCUCCUGUUACUUCACUCCUGAGGAGAUUCCAGCUAAGAUUGAACCCAGUGUUAUAAUCUCCAUAAACAAGGACACGCGCCUUCGUGUAGUGGAGGGCAACCAAAAAGCUGGGGCUAGGCUGAGCAUCAUUGAUCCAGGGACAGGAAACCCUGCUAGCCAUGUAUUCAUAGCCGAGACACCUGACCUACUGCAGGAGUGGCUCAGUGUUCUGUUGCAACACAUCUAUGAUCAGAGUCAAUGGCAGCACACCUGUGAUAAGCUGAUGGAAAUUGAGGUUUUGCCCCCACCGAAACCCCCACUUUUUCUUACAAAGCAAGCUGACUCGGUCUACAAUGAUCUCAGUAUUGGCUCUCUCUGGACCAGUUUCAAUUUGGCAGCUUUAGAGUCUUUUGCCUCUCGCAGACGCUUCUCGCGUCAGUUGUGCAGUCUGGGACAAUCACAUAGAUCAAAUCACAAAGUGCUUUCUGCUGGUUGAGCUCAAUGACUCCUUGUCGUGCCAGCCAAGCAUCCUCGUGGCUAAUCUUCACCUCCAGCCUCCUGCGCUCCCACUGAAUCAGCUCCUCGUUCAUGUCCUUCUCCUUCAUCUCCUCUUACCACUGCAGGAACGCCGAGGGCUCACUGUCUCUAAAAAAAAUUUGCAUAUCGUGGAAACAUUCAUUUUUCCCAUAAUUUAAUUCAGAAAGUGGAACUUUCAUAUAUUCUAGAUACAUUACACAUAAAGUGAAAUAGUUCAAGCCAUUUUUUUUUUAAUCUUAAUGAUUACGGCUUACAAGUCAUGGAAAUAAAAAAUCCAGUAUCUCAAAAUAUUAGAAUAAAGAAUUUAUAAUACAGAAAUUUUGCAGUGUCACAUUCCUAGUGUCACGUCCUUCCUGAACCAGAGACAACAUCAGAAGCGUCUUACGUGGGCUACGGAGGAAAAAACUGGACCGUUGCUCAGUCCAAUGUCCUCUUUUCAGAUGAAAGUAAAUUUUGCAUUUCAUUUGGAAAUCAAGGUGGAGGAAGAGUGGAGAGGAACAGAAUCCACGUUGCUUGAAGUCCAGUGUGAAGUUUCCACCGUCAGUGAUGAUUUGGGGGGCCAUGUCAUCUGCUGGUGUUGGUCCACUGUGUUUUCUCAAGUCGAGAGUCAAUGCAGCGUCUACCAGGAGAUUUUAGAGCAGUUCAUGCUUCCAUCUGUUGACAAGCUUCAUGGAGAUGCUGAUUUCCUUUUCCAGCAGGACUUGGCACCUGCCCACAGUGCCAAAACUACUAGUAACUGGUUUGCUGACCAUGGUAUUACUGUGCUUGAUUGGUGAGCCGACUCGCCUGAUCUGAACCCCAUAGAGAAUCUCUGAGACACCAGACCCAACAAUACAGACGAGCUGAAGGCCGCUAUCAAAGCAACCUGGGCUUCCAUAACACCUCAGCAAUGCCACAGGCUGAUUGCCUCCAUGCCACGCUGCAUUGAUGCAAUAAUUCGUGCAAAAGGAUUAAAGCCCCGAUCAAGUAUUGAGUUCAUAAAUUAACAUACUUUUCAGAAUUCUUUAUCUAAUCUUGUAUCAGCUAAUUUCACUCCCCUUAUCUCAAAGGUUAAAUCCAACAUUCAAAGUUGGGGUAACCUCCCCCUUUCUCUAAGUGGCAGGAUCAAUGUUGUCAAAAUGAAUAUAUUACCGAAGUUUCUUUUCUUGUUCCAGCAAGUUCCUCUUUUUCUGCCAAAACAAUUUUUCAAUUCAUUGGAUAAAAUAACUUGUUCUUUUAUUUGGGGUGGGAAGCCACCAAAGGUUAUUGCAGGGAUGUAGACUUAGUGCAGGACUUACCCAUUACCCAAUUUUCAAUUCUAUUACUGGGCUGCGCACAUCCAUAAACUUUGCUACUGGGUUGAAUCUCCUGGAUCUUCUUGGUGUAAGUUGGAACUAUCAUCUUGUAGGGAAUCCUCUAUACCUGCUUUACUUUAUUCCUCACUACCUACAAAACUCUCUCUAUAUACUGAUAAUCAAGUUGUCCUUAACACACUUAAGAUUUGGUAUCAAUUUAGACGACGCUUUAAAUUCGUAGGUGCAUCCUCUUUGGGUCCUUUAAGCAACAACCACUUAUUUCCUCCAUAUUGUUUGGACUCUACAUUUUCAGUGUGGUAUGACAAGGGCAUUAAACAAUUAAAAAAUCUGUAUGCCGAUGGUGUCUUUGAUAGCUUUGCCAAUCUGUCAUCUACUUAUGACCUCCCUGUGACGUAUCUGUUUCAUUAUUU